UAGCAGCGACGGAGGUGUGCGCCCCAGCCCCGCCCGCCUGCCGGGCACCUCCAGAAAGGACGAGGACAGCAGUCCAGCGCCUCCGCCGCCUGGCCCCCAGGCGCUGCGCGGCCCCGCGAUGGCGUGGCCCUAGGGACGGCCGGCCACCAGCGUAGGCCGCGCCGGCCAGGGCCGGCAGCCCAGCCCCUGCGCCCACCAUGCCGUGGCCGUUCCCCGAGUCCAUCAAGAAGAGGGCCUGCCGGUACCUGCUGCAGCGGUACCUGGGCCACUUCCUACAGGAGAAGCUGAGCCUGGAGCAGCUCAGCCUGGACCUCUACCAGGGCACCGGCUCCCUCGCCCAGGUCCCCCUGGACAAAUGGUGCCUCAAUGACAUCCUGGAGUCAGCCGAUGCCCCGCUGGAAGUCACCGAAGGCUUCAUCCAGUCCAUCUCCCUGUCCGUCCCCUGGGGCUCCCUGCUGCAGGACAACUGUGCCCUGGAGGUCAGAGGCUUGGAAUUGGUCUGCAGACCUAGACCCCGCCUAGCCACUGGCUCGGAGCCCAUGGACUGGUCGAGUUUCAUGGCCAGCAGUAUGCAGCUGGCCAAGGCGUGCCUGGGCCAGAGACUCACCGAGGAGCAGGGCGAGAGCACUCAGCCCUUUGAGGGGCUGGAAAAGUUUGCGGAAACCAUCGAAACAGUACUCAGGAGGGUUAGAGUCACUUUCCUGGACACUGUUCUGAGAAUUGAGCAUGUACCAGAAAACUGCAAAACUGGAACUGCACUUGAAAUUCAGAUCGAAAGGACCGUGUACUGUGAUGAAGCUGCCGGCGAGCCCUCGGGUGUCAACGUGCACCAGCCCACGGCUUUCGCUCACAAACUCCUGCAGCUCUCGGGGGUCUCUCUCUUCUGGGACGAGUUUGCUGCUUCAGCAAAACCCUCCCCAGCCUCCUCCACAGCCCCAGCGGAAACUGAGCCAAAGCUGUCACCUAGCUGGAACCCCAAAAUCGUUUAUGAGCCCCACCCACAGCUAAUGAGGAACCUGCCGGAGGCCGCUCCCACAGACCCUGUGCAGAUUGGAGCACUGGUCGGGAACCUGCGUCUAAGUCUCACCGUGAAGCAGAACGAGGUGCUUCCUGGGGCCAAGCUGGAUGUUGAUGGGCAGAUAGACUCGGUCCACCUGUUCCUGUCCCCACGGCAGGUGCAUUUGCUCCUGGACUUGUUAGCAGCCAUUGCUGGACCAGAAAACUCUAGCAAAAUAGGACUGUCUAAUAAGGGCAGAAACAGCCGGCCCAUGCAGCAGGAAGAUGAGUACCGCGUCCGGAUGGAGCUGAGCCGGUGCUACUUGAGAGAAGACCCCCUCUCCACCGGACUCCCCUCCGAGCACAGCUCCUAUGAGACGGACGCAGCGCGCACCCCGUCCAGCCGUGAAGAGGAGGUCUUCUUCUCCAUGGCAGACAUGGACAUGUCCCACAGUCUGUCUUCCCUCCCACCCCUCGGAGACCCCCCGCACGUGGACCUGGAGCUCUCGCUGACCAGCACCUAUGCCAGCAGCCCCGCCAGCUCACCGUUGGGCACAGCGCACCAGCCAGCGUGGGGGGGCUGCCUGGACCCUCCUAAGGAGCAGCCAACAAGGGGCCCGCCGUUCCCGCCCAGCCUCCCCCGCCCAACGCCAUCACAGAAGGCUCCUCUCUCGUCGCGAUCCGUGGAUGAGUCCAGGCCUGAGCUCAUCUUCAGACUCGCCGUGGGGACCUUGUCCGUCUCCGUGCUUCACAUCGACCCGCUGCCCCCACCGGACACGCCCCCGAGCCCUAGUCCACUGACUUCCAUGGCCACGGCUUUCUUCACCUGCAUCGAAAAGUCGGGCCCAGAGAGCUUCUCCACAGGGCACUUCGAGUCUUUCCGAGCGGUGUUUGCCGAAGCAUGCUCCCACGACCAUCUGAGAUUCACAGGUACCGGCAUCAAAGUCUCCUACGAGCAAAGGCAGCGGUCAGCCGCGAGGUGUUGCAGUAGCGACCUGUCGAUGGGGCAGCUGGAGCUGGUGGAGUGCCUGUUCCCAAGCGGUGCCCACUGCGCUCCUCAGUACACGGAGCUCUUAGUGUCCCGCCCCCACGAGGGGCCUGCCUCGCACCCCGCCAUGUGUCUGCAGCUUCACUACAAGCACUCGGGGAGCAGAGGGCCCCAGGGAGGUCAAGCCAGGCUCGGCUUGGCUCCUCAGAAAGCAGAGCUGCAGAUUAAGCUGCACCCUAUCUUUUGCGAGCUGGACGUCAGCCUGGUGGACAGGCUGAAUUCCCUCCUCCAGCCACAGAAGCUUCCCACCAUGGACACAAUGGUGCCUCACAUGCUCGCGUCCUGCAGCAAGCAUGCGAGUCUGCACAAGGCCUUCACGGAAGUCUUUCUAGAUGACUCCCACAGCCCUGCAGAUUGCCGGGUGUCAGUCCAGGUCACCACGCCAGCAUUAGCCCUUUCUGUGCGCUUCCCGAUCCCUGACCUCCGGUCAGACCAGGAGAGAGGGCCCUGGUUUAAGAAGUCCCUUCAGAAGGAGGUUCUCCACGUGGCCGUCACAGACCUGGAAUUUAAGACGGAGUUUGUUGGAGGCUCGAGCCCGGAACAAAUUAAAUUGGAACUCACCUUUCGAGAACUCGUUGGCUCCUUCCAGGAGGACAAAGGAGCCCCCUCGGUCAAGUUUUUCCACGUGUCUAGUGGAGUGGAUGGAGACACCGCCUCCUCCGACGACUUUGACUGGCCGCGGAUUGUCCUGAAGCUCAACCCCCCGGCCCUGCACUCCAUCCUGGAGCGCCUCGCAGCUGCCGAGGAGGAGGACGAGGGGGACCAUGAGGGCCCCUUCCCGGAGGAAGAGGAUGGCGGAGCCCACUCCCUGAAGGACGUGUGUGACCUCCGGAGACCAGCCCCGUCCCCGUUCUCCUCUCGCAGAGUCAUGUUCGAGAACGAGCAGAUGGUGAUGCCGGGGGAUCCCGUGGAAAUGGUCGAGUUUCAGGAUAAAGCCAUCAGCAGCUCUCAGUAUGUGCUGGAGCUCACGCUUCCCAGCGUCAGCCUGACGCUGCCCAGCAAGGGAUUUUACGAGAAGCUCUACAACAGGGUCUUCAAUGACCUCCUCCUGUGGGAGCCGACUGCCCCCUCCCCAGUGGAGACCUUUGAAAAUAUCUCCUAUGGUUUUGGGCUCUCGGUGGCCAGUCAGCUGAUUAAUACCUUCAGCAAAGACAGUUUCAGUCCAUUCAGAUCUGCAGUGCACUACGAUGAGGACAGCGGGUCUGAGGAGGAGGCGCUGCAGCACUUCCCCACCACGGAUCCCGGCCACCGCUCCCGCAGGAGGAAGCGGCCCGACCCGCCCAACAGGAGCUCGCAGAGCGUCCUCUCCCUGCUGCUCAGCGUCAACCGCGGGCUGGUGUCCCUGUUCACCGAGGUCCAGCCAGGCAACUGUGACAGCAAGGUGCGGGCAGACCAGCACGGUGAGUUCUGGUUGGACUUCACCAGCGGCUCCUUCUUCUGCGUGACGAGAUAUGAGGGUUUCGAUGACAAGCACUGCAUCUGCCUGCAGGCCAGCAGCUUCAGCCUGUACCACAAAGGCCUGGUGGAUGGAGUGACCCCUCUCACCGAGACAAGACUACCCAGUGCCACCCGCCCACACUGGCUGGAGCCCACUAUCUACCCCUCGGAGGAAGAUGGCCUCGGCCGGGCAGCUCCUGACGGCCUUGGCGGAGACGGCCUGAACAUGCUCUCAGUGGCCGUGGAAAUCGUGGCAGACAAGUCUGAAUCCAACACCAAGGAGUUUCUCAUUGCGGUGGGACUGAAGGGAGCCACGCUUCAGCACCGGAUGCUGCCCACGGGGCUGAGCUGGCACGAACAGAUGCUGCACUUCCUGAACACCGCUGAUGAGCCCGUGUUAGGGUAUAGCCCCCCGACGUCGCUGACAACGUUCCACGUUCACCUCUGGAGCUGUGCCCUAGACUACAGGCCUCUCUACUUGCCAGUCCGCUGUCUUCUCACCGUAGAGACGUUCAGUAUCUCCAGCAGCGUCUCCCUGGAUAAGUCGGCGUCCACGCUCAGAAUCAUCCUGGAUGAAACAGCUUUGCAUUUGUCUGACAAGUGCAACACUGUUGCUGUCAACCUGAAUAGAGAUUACGUCCGCGUGCUGGACAUGGGCCUUCUACAGCUAACCAUCACGACUGCGAAGCCGGACUCGGAGGCAGAGCGCCCUGAACCCCGCUUCCAGCUGCACUGCUCCAGCGAUGUUGUCCACAUCCGAACCUGCUCGGACUCGUGUGCCGCGCUGAUGAACCUCAUCCAGUACAUCGCCAGCUAUGGGGACUUGCACGCACCUCACAAGGAAGGCGUGAGGCCCGGAGCCCUGAGGAGAAAGGCCAAGGCAGACCCCAGCGGACAGCCAUCCUCCCAUGGCCCCGUGCUCCCUGAAGCUGAGCAGCAAAUCCUCCGAGAGCUGAUGAGUGAGGCCAUGGAAGAGCUUGACACACAGCACGCCCUGGCGUCCUCAAAGCCCCAGGCUAAUGGUGUCCUGGAUGAGAAUUCGCAGACUCAGGAGGCCUGCUGUUCGGACCUCUUCCUGUUUCCCGACGAGAGCGGCCAUGUAUCCCAGGAAGCUGGCCCCCCCUGUGCCGCCUUCCCACCCCACCUGCUUGGGGACGUGGCCACAGGGGUGCCCGCCGAGAGCGAUGACUUCUGUGUCCUGUUUGCACCACAAGCACCCGUGCAGGAGAAGGAGGAGGAGCCCGUGGUGAAGGUCAUGGUCGACGGCUCCAUUGUGAUCCGAGAGAAUCACUUCAGCCUGCCUGUGAAGAAGGCUGAGGCAGGCAAGGCCCCGCUGCGCUUCCCCACCCCCACCGUGCAGUACCUAGUCAAGGAGGUCUCCCUGGUGUGGCACCUGUACGGCGGGAAGGAUCUGGGGACAGUCCCUCCCUCAUCACCCGCAAAAAGUUACAUGAGCCCCCACAGCUCGCCCUCCCACACCCCCACCAGGCAUGGACAGCACACGGCCGCCGGCGGCGGCGGGAAAGGGAGGAACCAGGACUUCCUGAUGGAGAUUCAGCUCAGCAAGGUGAAGUUCCAGCACGACGUGUACCCCCGGGGCCGGCCGGAGCACGACGCCAGCCUGGUGGAGCAGCCCGUCUCCCGGCAGGUGUUCAUCGUCCAGGACCUGGAGAUCCGAGACCGUCUGCGCACCUCGCAGAUGAACAAGUUCCUGUACCUGUACUGCAGCAAAGACAUGCCCCGCAAAGCCCGCUCCAACAUGUUGACGAUCAAAGCACUGCACGUGCGCCCCGAGUCUGGCAGGUCGCCCCAGGAAUGCUGCUUGCGCGUGUCCCUGAUGCCCCUUCGCCUCAACAUCGACCAGGAUGCCCUGUUCUUCCUGAAGGACUUUUUCACCAACCUUUCUGCAGAGGUGGAGCUCUUAAUGGCUGCUGACCCAGAAGUGAGGAACUCUCCCGGUGCUGAUGUCACCUGCACUUUGCCCAGGCAUUUGAGCACCUCCAAGGAGCCAAACCUUGUUCUUUCUUUCCCUGGACCCAAACCUGACGGUGCCAACUCCGCCCUGGCGGCCAACGGCGAGGAAGAGGAGGCUCUCUCAGCUGAGGCGUUUGAAGGCCACCCUGUGUUCUUCAGGGAAUUUAGAUUCAUCUCAGAAGUUCCCAUCCGGCUCGAUUACCACGGCAAGCACGUCUCCAUGGAUCAGGGCACGCUGGCCGGGGUUCUGAUUGGACUGGCCCAGCUGAACUGCUCCGAGCUGAAGUUGAAGAGGCUCUUCUACCGGCACGGGUUGCUCGGUGUGGACAAGCUGUUCUCAUACGCCAUCAGCGAGUGGCUGAGCGACAUUAAGAAGAACCAGCUGCCCGGCAUCCUGGGGGGAGUGGGGCCCAUGCACUCCCUGGUUCAGCUGGGUAAGCUGUACUUCUGGUCAAGGGCGAUGCAUGUUGUCUGGUGGGUUCUGGAGCCUGCCUCACUGAGCACCUCUCCUGCACGGUGCUCGCCCCAGGGUGGGUGGUGGGGACUGGCCAGGGUGCGUGCUGACCUGUGUGUGCCCGUGGCUGCAGUACAAGGCCUCAGGGACCUGGUCUGGCUGCCCAUCGAGCAGUACCGCAAGGAUGGACGCAUCGUCAGGGGCCUCCAGCGGGGAGCUGCGUCCUUCGGCACAUCCACUGCGAUGGCCGCCCUGGAGCUGACAAACAGAAUGGUGCAGACCAUACAGGCUGCAGCCGAGACGGCCUACGACAUGGUGUCUCCCGGCCCACUCUGCAUCACACCCAGCAGGAGCAAACGCUCUCCACACCCCCGCCUGGCCCACCAACCCGCCGACCUGAGGGAGGGUGUGGCCAAGGCCUACAGCGUGGUCAAGGAGGGCCUCACAGACACGGCGCAGACACUCUAUGAGACAGCAGCCCGAGAGCACGAGAGCCGGGGCGUGACGGGCGCCGUGGGCGAGGUGCUGCGCCAGAUCCCCCCGGCCAUGGUUCGGCCACUCAUCAUGGCCACGGAGGCCACCUCCAACGUGCUGGGCGGCAUGAGGAACCAGAUCCGGCCGGACGUGCGACAGGACGAGUCCCAGAAGUGGCGCCACGGGGAAGACUGACCACGAGCAGAUCGAGGCCAGGGCCCGCCGACAGCCAGGUCGCCACAUCCCACUGCACCGCCCUGCAUCUGGGCAAUGGUGUGGUCAGUCACCUCAUCCACCAUCAAUGCCACCAAGACCUCCCGCGGCCGGCCUGCCCUGGUGGCCGGUGCCCGAGCAUCUACCGGGUGUUAGGGGCCCUCGCACCUGGUGAAUGAUGCUGUCACCCGGGACAGCACGGGGAACCCCGAGAGCCAUUGCUGCUGUGGGCGUUGAUGGUCCCCAAGGUCUAAAGGACCCCUUUGAGGCUGUUGUCGAGCCGGGAGAGGCUCAGCGUGAGCGGUGGUGGGGCCUGGCAGAGCGGGGUCUGAGCACUCAAGAACUGCUCUGCACUCGAGCAAGCCCUGGGUCCCAAGGAGACUGCCCCAGACAGACCCGCGCUGCUGCUGCUGCUGCACUUUACCCGCGCGUCCUCCCCUGCCCUUGUCGCCUGCGUCAUGUGAGCUGGAAGAGCACGUGACCCAGUGCCCGCUUCCACUCGUCUCAAAUGUCAAUGGAAACCAUGUGUCUGUACGUCUGUCCACGCUCAGCCAUUGUCCAGCAAGCCGGCGGGGGGGACGACAGUGAACCCAAGCCCUCCUGACACCCCCAGGUUGCUGUCUCGAGGUCUACCUUGUCACCGUGUACAUGUGAUGACCUGUCAGGAACAAAUAAAGUAUUUUUAUUUAAAGGUG